ACGAACGGCUCGCUCCCGCUCGCCAAUUACAUUCCAUCGCCAACGUGCAGUCGCUAGGAUCCAAACUUUGACGGUUCCUCCCCCAUACCUACCAACCAUCCCGAUUUUUGCUUCAUAAUGGGGUCUCCGCUAUAACUGAAGCCACACCCUUCAACUCCACGAUCCACCGCGUGUCAAGUGAGGAGGCGAUCAUCUGCCGCGGCUCCAGACCUACCGUAAAUGUCUGAUCAGUUGGGUAUUGAUGACUUUGCCCAAGUCCAAGAGGCUCUGUGGGAGGCCAGAUCAAAAUGGCACAACAUCGGGACCCGACUCAAACUGGGGGUCUUUGAUCUUGAUUGCAUCAAUUCUGAGCCAGGGUUUGGCCUGGAUGACAAGUUCAACCUCAUGAUCAAGACAAGGUUGAAGAGGAUGGAGCCAUGCACCUGGAGAGAUCUCUACGAUGCUUUGAAACACCCUACUGUUGAUAUGCCCAGUGUUGCCAACAAACUGGCAGUGAAGUUACCAAUUGUUGUGGUACAACCAGCAGAGCAAAGUGCAGCAGGGGCAGCUAAUAUCUCACCCAUGAAUAUCUCAUCUAUUAGUGGAGGAGUCCAAGAUAAAGAAGUCACCGAGACGAGAGAAAAGAUCGAUGAGUUGCAGAAAGAAUACAUCGAUAUCUCUGUUAGUGCUGCUGAAGAAUUUAGCAACAGUGUUGCAGUAAAAAAAUUGCGUUAUUCC